UAAUUAGCAUUCGAGAUUCAGAUCUCUACACGAUUAUUCAGAUUUCAGCUUCUGAUUCAGAAGUUGACUUUUUAAUUUACAUUUCAAUUCCCGAGCUUCAAUUCUGAAAUACUAGUUUUAAUUCAAUUAACUUAUAACAACGUCUAUGCAUGCGAACGAUUUAUUUACUGUAUCGGGAUUUUACAAACAUUUUAAUUGUGUAUUGUUAAUAUAUGACAAAUUUGUGAUUAUUGUACAUCAUUUAUAUUAAAUUACUAAAUUUAAAGCAGGAAUUAAAUUGUAACCUGUGUCGCUUAAUAUUUAAAUCGGCUUUAAAAUAUGGAAACCGAAAAGAUUGGAGACAUUUAUGAAAAUGAUGAACCUCCGAAAUAUGGCCUUAAACUCCUCUUAAACCAUGAAUUUCCUUUAAAAAGUAAACAACUCCUUAUACCAAGGCCCAAACAAAUUUUUGAUAUCAUGCCCCUCACAGCAAGAUAUUUUAAAUACUACCUGGAAAGAAAAUUUCAAAAAAGACGGCCCAUAAUGGAUUAUAUUAAUAUAAUCUCAGCUCAACGUAUGUAUGGUUGUCCUAUUGGAGGCAUUGGGGGUGGCACAAUCGGCAGGGGAUUUAAAGGGGAAUUCUGUAGAUUCCAACUGUAUCCCGGCUUGUAUGAAUAUGUCACAGUGCCUGAAUGCCAAUUCAUUGUCAAUAUUAGGGAUGCCAAGAAGGAAACUAUUUUUCAAUCUGUCCUAUCCACUUACAGCAAACCAAAGAAAGUACUUCCUUCAUGGGAAUGGAAUAUAAAGGGAGCGGAUUGUGAAUACACAGCCUUAUAUCCAAGAGCAUGGACUACCUAUGAUUUAACUAAGUAUGGCAUCAAAUUGAUAUGUCGACAGAUUUCACCCGUAAUACCUCACAAUUAUAAGGACAGCAGCUUGCCCUGUGCUGUGUUUGUAUUCUCCGCUAAAAAUAUCAGCAAUGAACCGAGAGAUGUCAGUAUAACUUUCACAUGGACAGAAUGUUUGGGUGAAUCGAAAAAGAAAGGUGGAUGUAAAUUGGACUUGGAAAGAUAUUCAGCGGAAAAUACCUGCGGUGUUACAUUAGAGCAGAAGAUAGCGGACACGCCAUGUACAUUCACCAUAGCUAAGAAUAAACCGGACAAUGAGACCAUACACGAGGGGUAUUGUCUAUGGAACUCGACCAAAACAUCCGGCUACGUGUGGGAGUGCCUUAAGAAACAUGGCAGGCUUGAACCGGAUCCGAGCCAAACACCGCCGCCGCCGAAAGUCGACAAGACUGACAAAGAUAACAAGGAGGACAAAGAAAAAGCAAAGAAAAUAUACAAGAAUGAUUCCAUAGCAUUAUCGAGCACUAUAUCCCUGGACCCGAGAGGCAGCGGUUCCACUGAAUUCUGUCUCGUAUGGGACAUGCCUGUCAUUAAAUACAAAAAAGAUAGCAAGGUCCAUAAAAGGUAUUAUACUAAAUAUUUUGGUAGCGAUGGCAUAGCUGGUGCGAGUAUAGCAGCGUACGCGCUCAGGAGUUACAGGAGGUGGGAGAAGCAACUCGCUGAGUGGCAGGAUCCCAUAUUAAAUAAUAGUUGUAUACCAGACUGGUUGAAAAGUGCCUUAAUGAAUGAGCUUUAUUUUGUUGCUGACGGUGGUACUAUAUGGUUCGACGUUGCCGAAGAUUAUCCAGAUACCGAUCCGAGGCACGAAUUCGGCGUUUUCGGUUACCUGGAGGGUCACGAGUACAGAAUGUACAACACAUACGACGUACAUUUCUACGCCUCCUUCGCUUUAGCACAGCUGUGGCCUAAUUUACAAGUUGUAUUACAAUACAUGUUCAGAGAAUCGAUAUCCGUUGAAAUAAACAAACUGCGACCGUCGCUGUACGACGGGAAAAGUUGCAAGUUUAAGACUAAAGACUCGAUACCACACGACUUGGGCGAACCAGAUGGCGUGCCAUUCUCUCAUAUAAACGCGUACAACAUCCACGACGUGUCGGAGUGGCGCGACCUCAACCUGAAGUUCAUACUGCAGGUGAUGAGGGACUACCGCCUGCUGCGAGGCCACAACGCGCCCUUCAACAACGAGAGGUACCACUCGAUGGCGUACAUAGACGAUAUCAGAGACGGUACCGAGGACGAUCUGUAUUCAAGAUCCACCGGCCAGGUCGACGACCCGACGCCCGUCCACUCGCCGGAUCUGUCGACCAACUUGUCCACCGACAUAUCUACCAACCUGUCGAGCGACGCGUCCAACGAUCCGUCCGCAUCGGAGAGGCCGAGCGGCGUGGCUAAUAUAUUAGAACUGCUGUAUCGCAGCACGGAAGUGGUAGAGGAUUGUGGGGAGAAAUUACAACCGCAAGAAUAUGCGGCGGUUGUGUGGAACUCUAAGCAGUAUCUGUCCGACAUGUACCCGUCCUGUGUGACGCUGCUGAGGCGCGGCCUGGACUGGGACAGAGACGGAGACGGCCUCAUAGAGAACGGCGGCUUCCCAGACCAGACCUACGACGCUUGGGUGAUGACCGGCCCCAGUGCGUAUUGCGGCGGGCUGUGGGUAGCGUCGGUGAGUGCGGUUCAUGCGAUGGCAAAAAUACUCGGCUUUACUGACGAUGAGAAGGAAUUCAGCACCUUGUUGGAGAAAGCAAGGGAUUCGUACGAGAGGAAGUUAUGGAACGGGUCGUACUACAAGUUUGAUACAAAGCCCUGUAACAGCGAGGUCGUGAUGGCCGAUCAGCUCGCUGGCCAAUGGUUCCUAAGAGCAUCUGGUUGGACGGAGCCUGUGUUUCCUGAGGCGAACGUGAGGAAGGCUCUCCACACUAUAUACGAGAACAAUGUUCAGAGGUUUCUAAAUGGACGCAUGGGUGCCGUGAACGGGUUCGUUAGGGGUCCGCGACCAGGGAUCGAUACUACCGCCAUACAGAGCGAGGAGGUGUGGACGGGGGUCACCUACGGCCUGGCAGCACUCAUGAUAUACGAAGGUAUGCACGAACAGGCCUUCUCAACAGCGGGCGGUUUAUACAACACCCUCAUGAAGAUGGGCCUCGCGUUUGAAACCCCUGAGGCGCUCUACGAAAACGGCAACCAUCGCUCCGUGGCCUACAUGAGACCUCUCUCUAUAUGGUCGAUGUAUCACGCGAUCAUAACAAAACCACCCCAACACGUGUCAACUAGUAAUGGCCAGCCUCAUCAAGCAAAGGAAAAUCAUUUAUAGUGCAAUAAAUCGUAUUAAGUACUUCGUAUGAUAAGUUUAAAUUUUUCAAUUGUUCGUUUUAAAUGAUUGUUUGAAUGUGUCGUGCCAAGUUUAUUUUAUACCAAAAUUUUAUAAUCGUUGCUGUGAAAUUAAAUUUCAGCAACGGAAACGUGAAUAUUACUUUAUCAUAGUUUAUUAAUUAAGUUAUUUUAUAAUAUGAAUUCGAGGUUUAUGGAUGUGGCUGUAUGCAAGAAUCCUUUGUGUUGACUUGUCAAUGGAAGUUGUAUUUGAAAACCAAAUUUAAUUUUUUUAAUAUUUAUUUUGAUUUAUAUAUUUUUUAAUCAAGUUUAAUCGCUAAAAUUUGUGUUUAUCUGUGAAAUAUAUGAAAAUAAUGACAGUAUUGACAUCAGCUUAAAAAUAUACAGUAGUUAUAGUCAUAAUGAAAAAAAAAUGCAUUUAUUUUUCAUACGAUUUUUAAAAAUCUGUAGCACUCAUAACCGUUUGUUAAUUAUUUGUAGUCAUACUAUUAAUGUUAUUGCACAAAGGGUGCUUUGAAUAAAAAAAUAUUUUCAAAA